UUGACUGAUUGCACGCAGGUUGAACUUGCUGCAGUCUGUGGUUUGCUAACCUGCUAAAGAUGAGCAACGCACCAGAGGAGAACAACUUGUCGGGACAUCACCUGGAAGACGCCCCGCUUCCAUCUGAUCCUCCCCUGGAGCUCUGCAUCCUGAUGACGGAUCAGGUUGAUUUCCCUUUUCUUAUCAGGAUAGAACUGUCCUCCAAUGACUAUGAGGAAGAUUUUACCGCGGAUGGUGCAGAGAUUGUACCUGGGUUUUCGGUGUAUGACAGGAUAGGGGAUUAUCAUGAGGUUGGUUGGCCUUUUAAUGGUGAGUCUCUUGAUGGGUCUAGUGAAGGCUCCAUGUAUGGUCUCUGCGAUAGCUCUGAGACAGAAGACGACGAAGACGAUGACAACGAUGACGAUGAAGACGAUGACGAUGAAGACGAUGACCACCUUCCACCACAGGGCGAAGAAGACCACCAACCUCCAGGGACCGGCUCUGUCUCCAGGAAGAGGACAAGAGAGGAAGACGAAGAUGAAGAGGAGCCCCCUGCGAAGAUGUUUGGUCGUGGGAGGGAAUAGGGAUAGGAAUUUCAUCAAGGAGUUUGUUAAGGAGUCUGGCAGGUCUAGGGAUGCCUCAGGUAGCGUCUUGCACUGUGGCUUUUCUUUAUCCCGCUGCUAGAUUUAGUUUUUUUAGAUGUUAAGGAGUCUGGCAGGUCUAGGGAUGCCUCAGGUAGCGUCUUGCACUGUGGCUUUUCUUUAUCCCGCUGCUAGAUUUGUUUUUUUAGAUGUUAAGGAGUCUGGCAGGUCUAGGGAUGCCUCAGGUAGCGUCUUGCACUG